AACAGGUUAUUUAAGCGUAUCACAAACAAUAGAUAGGAGAGUAAAAUUGCGUAGGUAAGUGAUGUGAAAAUUAAGUGUAGAUUUUAAAAAAGGAACAACUGCAAAGGAGAAGUAAAGACAAUUUUUGCCUUCUCACCAGUCCACGUCGAGUUCAAAGCAUGCAGAUCCAGAAUACCAAGAAGGUGCCGUUGAAAGGUUUGUAUGUGAUACAUGUAUACCGUGUGAAUGUCUGACAUGAUAGGAUUUUCAUCACAAAUCCCUCCUACUUUACUCUACGUGUCCUAUUCAUGUCGGGAUUAUAACGCUUGAAAGCCCAAUGCAGUGUUGAUUGAAUAGUUCGCCAUGUAACGCGCUUUUUUCUUAAUGUGAUCUUUUUCAUUCAAUGCUUCUAAAGAUGAUGAACAAAUUGAUUUCUUUGUUGUUCCAUAUCGUUUCUUUUUCCAACGAAUGUUGCUGAAGGUGCGAAAUACGCUAGAACUGGGGUUGCAUAAGAAUGAGAAGCGCCUGUGGCAUCGCUGAGUAGCAGACACCGGUUCAAUAUGGCUUUAUCGUCCAGUAACAGAAUGCAACGGCCACUAACGCUUUCUUAAGACGGUGAAUGAGUGAAGAGCCAAUUGAGAUUCUGGACAACGCUAAACAAUUCCAACCCAUUUGCUCGCUUUGCGUGCUUAUGAAGAUUCACUCACACUUGGUUAAAUCUUGCCUUUCUUUACCCACCAGCGUUUCCCCUUCUUUAAAGAUACAGCAUCCAAAUGGAUAUUUUACGUUCGCCAUAUCUGACAGGCAGCAAUAACCUUUACUUACUUAGAAAAAGUACUUUCGUUUUUUACUAAUUGUUUUUAUGUUUUAGGUUGCUAUAGAAGCGAUGGAUAGCACCGAUAAACCCCCUUUUCAGCCUUGGAUGAUCCAUCCAUCACAGACAGUUUGCAUGCCAGGAAUGGGAAUUCGGUGAACAACCGCUAUUUUCCCUUAAACUACACCGUGGCAUGUCUCCGAUCGUGUAGCACUCUACAAGUCAUUUUUGUAUGAUCAACGACACUCAGGACGCUGCAUCCGGUGAAAAUCCGAAAUCGACUUUCAAGCAACAGGAUUAACUUUUCACAGCAUGUCUGUAGUGUCGGAAUGAACUAGCCGAAACAAGAUUUGAUUGGGAGAAAAACGUUCAAGAAAAUAAAACGGACACGGAGGGGUUCUUCGCAGACGUUGGCCAGCCCUUGCAAUCGACAGUUGGGUGCAAUAAGCCUCCCUUUAUCUUAUUCCUAGGCUUAAUAUUGCACUAUCAAGUCUCCUUGCCAUUCGCCCCGAUCCGAAAUGAAUCGUCUUUUCUUGUGCUUCAUCGUCUGUUUCGCGUUCUUCAUCUCGACUGGUGAUGCUAUUAAAUGCUACGUCUGCAAUUCCGCGAUAGAUAAAACAGGAUGCUCCCCCACGCAGUCACUUAAUCCUAAUUUCUUGAAAGAUUGCAGUGAAUUGCCUGGAGGAGCUAAAAACACUAUUUGCAGAAAAAUCGACCAAGAUGCUCCGAAUCAUACAGGAGUCGAUUCAAACAUUAGGGUAAUUCGUGAAUGCGGCCAAGAUGAUCCUGUGACCAACACUUGCUACCAGAAGGCCGGCUUGGGUGGUCGCCAAUAUGUCUGCUCUUGUGAUCACGACGGAUGCAACUCUGGAGCUGAUCUUCAAAUGGUUUUCGCCACCAUGGUGUCGUUUGCCACGGUAGCCUUACUAAGUCCAAAAUUCUUGCUCUAAUAGAUUUAAAGGAAAUAUUCAGAACGUUGAUAACAUAGUGCUGACACACAUGAGACACACACUGUAACACCAUCUCAACUGAUCUUCAGGACGCAAUGCAUUACUGUAUGUCUUGUUAAAACAUAAAACGAAACAUUAAAACAAAAGAAAAGAAACACAGCGUUCAGUUGUGACAGAGAAAA